UAUCCAUCACCACCAACACCACCACCACCCUUGACACAUAUACCGUAUAUGCCAUAUUUGUACGUUGGCUUGUCCCUCUCCAUCUCUCAUUCAAAACAUAUACAUAAUAUUCCCUCAUUCACUUCUUCCAUCAAUUACAAUUAGAUCUUCUCCCAAAAUCUCCUAGGAGCAUGGAGACCAGACAGCCAUAUUCCAACGACGAAAUAUGCAAAAGAAGGAUUCAAAGAAGCAAACUGGAGGCGGACGGGAAGCCAAUUCCGGUCACCAUACAUGACAAAACCGGCAACUGCAAACCAAAACCGUAUAAAUCGAUGCUACUAGUCGCAGUGGUCACGACUCUCAUCAUCAUCACUUACUCUAUUUCGGGCCAUCGCCGCCAUGACAACUACAUCCCGCAUGCUAUUUCAAUGUGGAAAUGGGGUGGUAGGAUAGAUCAAAGAUACAUAUCACAGUUAAAGAUCAACUGGGAUGAUGUAUCAGGUGUUAUACACACAUUAUCCAGCAAAAAACAGAUUCAUGGGAUCGGAUUCUUGAAUUUUCACGAAAGUGAAAUUAUUGACUGGAAGACAAGAAUUGCAGUGGUCAACGAGGAUCAAAUUGUCCACCUUAAACUUGAUCCUGUUGAUCAAAAUGUGACAUGGGAUGUGUUGUACCCUGAAUGGAUCGAUGAAGAACAAGAAGAAGAAGUUCCCACAUGCCCGAACCUUCCAAAACUCGACGUGCCAAGGAAAGUUCUUGAUCUUAUUGUGGUUAAGCUUCCAUGUAGAAAUGAGGGGAAUUGGUCGCGAGAUGUUGCCAGGCUUCAUUUGCAGCUUGCAGCUGCUGGGCUGGCCGGUUCAUCUAGAUCGAACCGGCCAGUGCACUUUCUUUUCGUUACAAAUUGUUUCCCCAUCCCAAACCUGUUUCCUUGCAAGGAACUCGUGGUUCGUAGGGGAGAGGUUUGGUUAUAUGAACCGGAUUUGAAGGUUUUGCGUGAAAAGGUUCAGCUACCGGUUGGAUCUUGUGAACUUGCAUUGCCUUUCAAACCUCGAGAUGGAGAUUAUGUUGGGAACGUUCGACGGGAAGCCUAUGUGACGAUCCUACACUCCGCUCAUGUAUAUGUUUGUGGGGCGAUUGCGGCAGCACAAAGCAUUAGGAUGUCGGGUUCUAACCGAGAUCUUGUGAUCCUUGUCGACGAGACAAUCACGGAUUACCAUCGAAGUGGACUUGAGUUGGCAGGAUGGAAGAUUCGCGUAAUUAAACGGAUAAGAAACCCGAAAGCCGAAAAAAACGCAUACAACGAAUGGAACUAUAGCAAGUUCCGUUUAUGGCAGUUGACUGAUUAUGAUAAAAUCAUAUUUAUAGAUGCCGAUUUGCUCAUUCUUCGAAACAUAGAUUUCCUAUUCGGGAUGCCUGAGAUCUCGGCCACAGGUAACAAUGGGACGCUGUUUAACUCGGGUGUGAUGGUUAUCGAGCCAUCUAAUUGUACGUUUAAUCUUCUAAUGAGCCAUAUAAACGAGAUCGUAUCGUAUAAUGGAGGCGAUCAAGGGUACUUAAACGAGAUUUUCACUUGGUGGCAUCGAAUCCCGAAGAGUAUAAACUUUCUAAAAAACUUUUGGAUUGGCGACGACGAAGAAACCAAAGAGAAGAAAACUAGGCUUUUCGGGGCUGACCCUCCGGAGCUUUAUGUACUUCAUUACCUUGGAUUGAAACCUUGGUUGUGUUUUCGUGAUUAUGAUUGCAAUUGGAACUCGGAUAUAUUCCAGGAGUUCGCGAGCGAUGUUGCUCACGAACGGUGGUGGAAAGUGCAUGAUGCAAUGCCCACUCAGUUGCACCAGUUUUGUCUGUUGGAAUCAAGGCAAAAAACGCAACUUGAGUGGGAUAGGAGGGAGGCCAAGAAGGCGGAAUUUGAAGAUGGGCAUUGGAAGAUUAAAAUUCGGGACCCGAGGCUAAAGAAAUGUAUCGACAACUUAUGCUCGUGGAAAUCCAUGUUGAAACAUUGGGGCGAGUCGAAUUGGACUGAUGAUCAGAGUUUUCCCACACCACCUGCGAUUGCUAAGCUCAACAUCAAUUGAUUGAUUGAUUAGUACAUGUAAGCUCAUGAAUUAAGUUGAUUAAUUUUUUUUGUAUCUAGUGUUUUGAUUUUGUAAUAAUGGAAUUUUGAUGUUUAAUGGUGA